UCCAUUAUUGCAGGCGACUUUAACGCAGUCUACUGGUUAUGGCAACCGGGCAAGGACUUAAACACAGCCGGCAACAGGAUCGCCGAGUGGGCGGAGAAGCACAAUCUCUACCCCUCCCUCACAGACUCACCGACAAAACACUCAGGACAAUACAUCGACCUAAUAUUCUCCAACUGCCCAACCUCUUCCAGAGUCGAACACUCACUUAACACAGGGUCGGACCACUUCACUGUAGUUACCACCCUCCCCGAACCACUCCGUACUACCCCGGGAGCAGGCAAGAAGUACAUACCGAUGGAAUGCUAA